AUGAGUGACGAUCUGUGCCCAAGCGUGGGCUCAUCCGUGGACAGCACGCUGUUCAACGAGAACGAAGAGAUCACAGAAAAGGAAACAACAGACGAAGGCGCAGCAGCUGCCUGGGUCCCCCCAGAGAAUGAGAGGGACCAAAUUAGUAAACAUGAAGAGGCUCCUCAAAAGGGAGAUCCAUAUGUGGGAUUCCCAUCAAGGAUGAACCUACUCCAACUGAAGCAGAAAAUAGAACGUCAACGAUUAACUCUCUCAGAUGUGAAGGACUACCAGACGAAUGCCAUGCUACUUAGCGAGAUGAAGAAAAUAAGGCAGCUAUCUUUUAGCGAUGGAGCAGUUGUAAAAACUAGUGGAAUGGGUUCGUUGCAUGUGCAGGGAAGCGGAAUGGGCGAUCAUGAUUCUUAUUCGAAAUUGGCGUUAAGGGAGGAGGAAACGAUUUGGCACACUCCAAAUAGGGAAGACAAAAAUGACUGCACUAAGGGAGGAAGCAUUAUUGAGCAACUUUUGAUGAGCAGCGACUUCCGUAGCUCCCUGAGUUCCAAGGGGGCGCAUGGAGAGCCUCUGAGUGACUCGUUCACCGUGUCGUUGGAUAGUGGACCUAACGGGGGUAGGCCUAACAAGCUGAGCAGUGGAGAUGAUACUACAAAAAUGAACAGCCCCGAUUGUAACGUUCAUGUAGAAGCGGAUGGAGUGGAGAAGACGCAAAACUUUCUUUAUUCAAUCCGUUCGGUCGGAGAUUUGGCGUCCCCCUCGAGUGGUGAGUUCGACGUGAGUGAUGGGGUACCACUGGGCAGUGAGGGGAGCCAAUGUGGGGAAGCCAGCCGAGGUAGGGAAGCCACUCAAUGUGGGGAAACCAGCCAAGGUAGGGAAGCCAGCCGAGGUAGGGAAGCCACUCAAUGUGGGGAAGUCAGCCAAGGUAGGCACCCCUGCAAAGGUAUGGGAAUAAGUCGGAUAGACUCGCAAUACUUCACGGGAGAGCUUAUCGGAGAGGGUAACGGCGGGGAGAGCCUCCCUGAUGGCGCGUUGCCGCAAAGGGGAAAGGACGCAGGAGGAUCUGCGAACCACCCCAUAGUUACAAAGAGGCAUUCAAGGGGUGAAAAAACGGAUCAUGAUCUCGUAGAAGUUGUAAUCCGGUUGUCCAAAUUAAAAAUUGAAGAAAGAUUUAAAAAGAAGCUGCAUCCUUUUGACGAGUUUUGUCUGUCUAUUUGUGUUCCCAUUUCGUAUGAUGGGGGGUCUGACGGAAUGGAGGAAGAACAACGUGCACGGAGCGCUAGUGUAAAUGAUCUGAUUACAUGCAGGAUGCGGUCAAUGGAUGAAGAGAUGGAUAUGCCCUUUUUAGAAAGGAUAGAUAUGGAGGGGGAAAAAAGCACACAAAAAGUAACAAAUGUGGCAAAUAUGGAAAUCACACAAAAGGUAACAAACGCGGCAAAUGUGGAAUGCACACAAAAGGGAGGAAUCAAGGAAAGACCCAUGGACAGGACGCUUCCAUCACGUACGAUAAUUUUUGCCUAA